AUGGCUACACACGGCGCAGAGGCGCAGCCCGACUUCGCGGCCAUCCUGCGCACCGCUCACGACUCGCUCGCCGCCAGCCUCGAAGCCGACGUCAACGACCGUGAAGCCCGCCUGACGUCUGUCGUCAACGUUCUCGGCUUCUCCACCCUCGACGACCUCGAGGACUUCGUCUACUUGCACGGCGGCGGCAAGGUUGUCCCGGCAGCCCAGCGCGACACUCUCCCUCUCGACGAGACGCAGACUCAGCUGUCUGAGACUCGCCGGACGAAGCGCAACGAGGAGAGGCGCGCAGAGAAUGCGACUCUCAAGCGGGACUUGGCGACUGUGCGGGCGGAACUGCAGUGGGCACGGUCGGAGGCUGCAAAGGCCAAGGAAGAGAAGGAGGAACUCGUCAAGGACAAGCGCCGACUGCUCAAUACGGUCGAGUCGCUGCGGACCGCGACAGGCGGCGAUGCGGUUGUACUCGCUCGACCUGCGUCGUCUCUCUCGCAGGCCGGCAUGUCGCCUACCAGCGAGCUUCGAGCUUGCUGGGACGAGGUCGAGUCGCUACAGGCGACGGUCGCUCAGCUCGAGGCGGAGCUCGUCUCCGCGCAGACCUUGUGCGACGAACAGGCUGUCGAGUUGCGCGACCUGCGAGAAGAGGUCGUCAACCUGCAGCAGGACAAGUCGCGUGCCGAAACCCUUGAGGCAGAACUCCUUCAAUUGCGCGAGCGCAUCAGCUCGCUCGUCCCGGCAAUCCUGAGUGGCGGGCCGAUACCAGCGACACCGGCCUUCUCCGCCGUUACUCCCUCCGGAGCGACAGUGAGGCCAGCGCCGACGUCCAGCCUGCCGCCUCUCCGCUUGUCGAACGCAGCUGCGGAUCCUUCACCUUCUGUUCGCCCCUCCUUGUCCACGACCGGUCCGCCGCAGACGACGCCACGGCCGACGCAGCCUCACGAGGUCCCAAGCGAGACGGACCAAGUCACACCAGACGAGCCGCCUCAGCCAUCGACUUCUCGCCAGCCAGCGACUCCCGCUCCUCCGCAGCCCAACGGUGCCGAAGCUGGUCAUGACCAUGCAGAGCUCCCUUCCGCAACUAUUCCGCACCCACGGGUCGCCGCCAUCUCGUCUGCACCGUCCACAUCCGCCGCCUCUGCCUCUCCAACCGCCAGUCUCUCCUCUCGUUUACAGAACAAGAUCCGCCUCUAUCCAUCCAUGUUCGCCUCGUACAACAAGAAUCGUUCGCUUCUUCUCGAUCAAGUUGCACGCACGAGGGAGCUCGAAGCCACGCUCGCCGACUUUCCCUCCUCCGUCAGCGACCGCUUGCGCGCUCAGGCCGGACCUCCCCCCGUUGUCGACAUCGACCACUUCCCCGAACCGGCCGCUCUACCUGCCGAUUCAGCGGAGCGGAAGGAGAUGGCGAUGUCUGGCAGAUUGGAGGCCAUCUACGAGGACUUGCGCGUGAAGGAGCUGGAGAUCUCGAAGAUUGCGCCGAACUACAAGAUCUGGGUCACGAAGCUGGCGGACUGCAUCGACAACUACACUCUCCAGGCUCAGGAGAAGGAGGUGGAGGAAGUUGCGGCCAAUGCAAAGGGGAAGAAGCGAGCGGCGCCGACCGAGGCGGGAACGCCAGCUGCGUCUGCGAUGGCUGGUCAGCCCGUUAAGAGGCGGCGGAAGGUCAUUUCGGGCGCUACGCCCGCUACGUCGGUCGCAGGAACUCCCAUUCCUCGUCCUUCUCUCAUCAAGCCACGAUCGCCGCGACCGUCGCCUCGCAAGUCGCCCCGCAAGUCGCCCCGCCAUUCCCCCUACGUCUCGCCGCGUAAGCAGCUCCUCGUCGGCGGCGCGACCACUACGCCAGGCAUCGCUACCGAAGCAUCCCCUUCCACGUCCACCAAGAAGCGGCGAUGGAACCUCGUCUCGCCGAAAAAGAAGGACCUCUCCGGCGUCAAGAAGCAACUCUGGACGCGCCGAGACGAUGCGGACGGCGCUACUGCCGCUGAUCCUCCUACGGCGACGAGCGGGACGCAACCGCCUCCGCUCCCGUCGUCGCCGGCAGUCAAGCGCAUCAACAGCGAAGGGGAUCGCGAGGCGUCGACGUAUGAACCGGAACCGGACACGCUGCGUACCGAUCUGUCGUCUCAAACUGGCCGCCGAAGCAGCAUCACAGCCGGUCGCUCGUCCUCACCGCGCAAACCGACUCCGCGCCGCUCGAUCUCUGUUGCAUCCAGCUCGGCUCUUCAAGUCGCGCGGCGCAAUCCUCCUGUCGCAGCGGUGGACGAGAACGACCCGUUCGUCGACCGAGGUCCCGCGAAAGCUCCGCGACCUCCUUCUCCGGCCGGAGCUCUGCCUCUCCAGCCUUCGCCUCGAAGUCGCCUCCCGCAGACCUCGCCACGCAAAGGGAAGAGCCGCACGCUCGUACCUACGUCGCCUGCCUCACGCGCCGCUACUCCAUCGCCUGUUCCUUCGCCGUCCCAGUCUCCCUCCAAAGGGUUGAGUAUGCCCCCUUCAGCUCAGAUUUCGUCGCGCCGACUGCCGAUGCAGGGCUCACCGCCACUCCGUGGCCCCUCCGCCGUCCAGACGAGCGAUGCGGCAAAGCGGGCGCUCAUUCCCGACAGCGACGGCGAAGACGAGGUGUGCGCGUACGAACUUCGCUUCUUCGACAACUUGGGGACGCCGCCGCUUCCAAGAGCGCCCACGAGACGACAGAACGCGUCGCAGAAAACGGCGGAUGUGGCGAGCGGGUCCCGCGGGACUGUCGCGCGAUCGCAGCGCGUGAAGGCGGAAAGUCAGGUCGUCCCGUUAUCGCCGUCGCCGAAGAAGCGCAAGCAGCGCAAGGCAGCGAGCAAGACGGAGGCGGUCAAGACGGAGCGUGGAGCCCAGCCCGCUACACCCAAGAAGGAGGUCUUCGGUCGCGAGCGCUGGCUUGACCUCGACCAAUCGACUCCCGACUACCCCGAAGACCCCGAUGACGAGCAGUCUCGCAAGUUCUGGAUCGAACGAACUCGCCUUAAGCGUCGCGUCAAGCUGCAGAAGGACAAGCAGGACUCGGCGAAGAAGGCCGGCUCCAGCAUGCGCGUUCUCGAAAUCAACCCGAAGCGGAACAAGGGCGAGAAGCAGUUCUUCAAGGAGGUCGUCCGCAACAAGGAGGAGCGCAGCAAGAUGCUCGCCGAAGCAUGCGCCGAAUGCACUGCCUACUUCGACCGAUCCGGCACGGAGAAUACGUGCAACCACAGACGACAGCCUGCCGCCGCCACCUACCUCGAGGAGCGUGCCGCCGCAAGCGAGAGGCGCUUGCAAGCAAUCGGUCGCCAUCGUGUGCAGCAGCCCACUGUCGAGGAUCCGCCGCAAUAUUGGGAAUUUGGCAUUCCCACGACGCAAGACGCCGAGAAGCUGAACCAGGAGGCAAGGAGGAAGAAGGAGCGCGCGCGAGCUUUGCAAGAAGCAGAAGCGGAUACUCCAAACGGUCUCUAUCGCUGGCGAGACACCUGA